GUUUUGAGACAAUUAUCCAGCUGCUGCUCUCACCUCACACUGUAGCGCACUUACACAACAAGCUGCUAGAGUCUGCGAUGGUUUUGACUGGAAGAUGACUGAUAACUCAAGCUUAUGACCGACUGAGAAUCGCACAUUUAGCAGGUCAAAUUUGAGCUUCCACACAGUGUGACUCAUGCUUUCUGAUGAGCUUGACUCCAAACCAGAGCUGCUGGUGCAGUUUGUGCAGAACGCAUCCAUCCCUCUGGUCCAGGGUCUGGAGGACUCAGAUCCCAAACACUCCUGCCUGCCUCUGCUGGCCACAGCUGACAGCUCCCUGUGCAGUCAGCUGGAGCUCACAGAUGGAGGCCUGAGCCAUGAGCCUGAGACUUCUCCCUCCCUGUCGGAGUUUGGGGGGGUGUCAGAGCGAAGCCCUUUAGUGGUGCAGGCACACGCUCACCCACGGGCCUCACCCAGCCCCCCACCCAUCCUCCAUGACCUGCAACAGUCAGACAGCACUUCCUACGUCCUGCUGAACCUGGCAAAAGGCAUCACAGCCUCUUCAGAGUCACUGAUCUUCGCCGCAGAUGGCGCUGGGGAGGAUGACGAUGAGGGGGUUUCAUCGGGGGACUAUGGGAUUGAUGGCAGUGCUCCCUGGUAUCUGCGGGUGCAGGAGCUGGCACAUGACAGCCUGAUUGCCGCCACACGGGCACAGCUCGCUAGAGAUGCCAAGGCCAGCCUGGACGCUAGAACUGCAAGCGUCACUAACGGUGACCACACACACAGCUUGCCAUCAGACGGGGACAAGCGGGAGCUGCCGUUGCGGACCGGCCGCCCCGUUUCCAAGCAGAUCCUCCGCUGCUCGUUUGAGGGUUGCUGCAGGACGUUCACCUGGCCCGCUCAUCUCAAAUACCACCUGAAAACUCACAGGAAUGACCGAAUGUUCAGGUGUGGCGCCGAAGGCUGCGGGAAGAGUUUUUACGUGCUGCAGAGGCUGCAAGUUCACAUGAGAACUCACAACGGCGAGAAGCCCUUCAUCUGCAAGGAGAAGAACUGUGGCAAGAAGUUCACCACAGCCGGAAACUUAAAGAACCACAGGCGCAUACACACAGGAGAGAAGCCUUUUCUUUGUGAAGCAGAUGGUUGUGGGCGAUCUUUCGCAGAGUAUUCCAGUCUACGGAAACAUAUGCUCGUACAUUCUGGUGAGAAGCCUCAUCACUGCGGGAUCUGUGGGAAGACUUUCUCUCAGUCCGGCAGCAGAAACGUCCACAUGAGGAAGAGACACGGCGAGGAGGGGCUCAGCAGUGAAAGCAGAGAAACAGGUGAGGCCCUGACACAAAGCAGCCUGCUGGAGGCAGACGGUGAGAACGGAGACAGUAUGGUCACCAUGACAACAACCGUUGAACCCAUGAAUCUUCAUCACGCUAUGCUGAGAUCACCAGGCUCUGCAGAUUCUGUGGUGGUUCUCUCUCAGCCACACGAGCUGGUGACCAUGACGACUGAAGGACACACAUACGGAGAUGAUGUGGUGGCGCUGCUGUAGUCCGUCGUCAUGAAGUCUGUCACACACUGCCAAUUUUAGCAGCACUAGACUGACAGUCAGUGGACUAAAGAGAGGCAUCUAUGUGUCAAUUGAUUAAUCACCGACUUUCACCCCUGUAGAUAUUUGUAAUUAGCAGCUGACGAUGGUUUUAUUUUGACAAGUGUGAAAUGGCAAAGUUUGUACAAGCAACCUCUUUCCUCAAGUUUUUGAAAAAAAGAAAUACUCCCAAAGAAAUACUGAGACGGGUUUUAAAGUUUAUGAAAAUAAUGACCACACAUGUAAACAAACGUUGAAAUUCAGUGAUAUUCUCUCUCUCUGGAAAACGAAUGCCACUUAUUUUUUAUCCAAAACUUCAAAUAGCUCUUAUGAUUGACUGUCAAAAUGUAUCAGACACAUGUAUCCCCCCCUUUUGUAACGUUACUAAAAUCACGACAUUGAAAACUGCUAAAGCACAGUAUGUCAUAUUACUGCAUGUAAACACUGGUCGAUCACAGCCGGGCCACCUUGUUUAUCAGCCUGAGUAAAAUAUAAAAAAACAUCCCUGUCAUACAAGCAGUGUAUUCAGUGAUGCCCAAAGCUGCAAUAAGGACCAUUGUGUAAGAUUUAGUGGCAUCCAAUAGAAGGGGCUUAAUAUACUACUUACAAUUAUGUUUAAAUGAGUGUAUAAUCAUCUAAAAAUAAGAACUGUAUUUCCGUUAGCCUAGAAUGAGCUCCUUAUAUAUCUACAUAGGGAGCGGGUCCUCUUCCAUUGAGGCCGCCAUGUUUCUACAGUAGCCCAGAACAGACAAACCAAACACUGGCUCUAUAAUAAAGAGGGUCUUUCUUGUGGCUACCGUAGAUUCUCCUGCACACUUGGAAGAGGAAGACAAAGAGGGUGAGAGGAAGGGUAUUCAGUUGGUUGCAAUCCUCAACCUCAACACUAGAUGCCACUAAAUGUUAUACACUGGUCUUUUUUUUUUUUUUACGGAGUGUGUUAUUCAAAUAUCAAACUCCAGUGCUUCAUUUGUUUUCUGAGUAAGGCAACACAUGUCUCCUUUACAACUCAAUAUUAACACUUGAGAAUAAUUGCUUUUUAAAAGAUAUUAAGAAUUACUCGUGAGGUUAGUCCUGCCCUUACGACACAAACAGCAGAUGUCUGGGCCUGUUAGAUAAGGUAGUGUGCAUUGCUCCUGUUUGUUAAUGAGCGCCGCCUCCCUCGUCCUCAGUGGAUCUUCAGGUUGUGGAAGUGGUCCAACGUGGCGCCCAGAGCCCAGCUUGCCUCCACGUUGUUCACUUUCUUGGUCAACUAGGAUGGGGAGAAAAUAAACAAAAAACCCCAACACCAAAUCACUCAAAUGCCUUUUGUAUUUAUUGAAAUAAAAAAAA